CGCGGAGCGGCCACACCCGGAGCUGGCGAGGAAGGCGGCUGGCGGCGGCGGCGGCGGAGGGCGCGGGGCCAUGGACGACAUCUUCACGCAGUGCCGCGAGGGCAAUGCGGUGGCCGUGCGCCUCUGGCUGGACAACACCGAGAACGACCUCAACCAGGGGGACGACCAUGGCUUCAGCCCCCUGCACUGGGCUUGCCGCGAAGGGCGCUCCAGCGUGGUGGACAUGCUGGUCAUGCGCGGCGCCCGCAUCAACGUCAUGAACCGGGGAGACGACACCCCCCUGCACCUGGCCGCCAGCCACGGGCACCGCGACAUCGUCCAGAAGCUGAUCCAGUUCAAGGCAGACAUCAACGCGGCCAACGAGCAUGGCAACACCCCUCUGCAUUACGCCUGUUUCUGGGCCCAAGAGCAGGUGGCAGAGGACCUGGUGGCCAGCGGGGCACUAGUCAGCAUCUGCAACAAAUAUGGAGAGACGCCCCUGGACAAGGCAAAGGAGCCCCUGCGGGACACACUGAGAGAGCGUGCAGAGAAGUCGGGCCAAAGCCUGACCCGCCUCCCCUACAAAGACACGUUUUGGAAAGGCACCACGCGGACUCGACCACGUAAUGGGACCCUUAAUAAGCUGGCAGGGAUUGACUUCCGGCAGCUGAGCCUGGGCCACAAACUCAACGAGAACCAGUCAGGAGAGCUCUGGAAGGGGCGCUGGCAGGGGAACGACAUCGUCAUCAAGGUCCUCAAGAUCCGCGACUGGACAACCCGGAAGAGCCGGGACUUCAACGAGGAAUACCCCAAGCUCAGGAUUUUCUCUCACCCCAACGUGCUGCCGGUGCUGGGUGCCUGCCAGUCGCCCCCCGCUCCGCACCCCAUCAUCAUCACCCACUGGAUGCCCUAUGGCUCCCUUUACAACGUGCUGCACGAAGGCACUAAUUUUGUGGUGGACCAAAUGCAGGCAGUGAAAUUUGCCCUGGACGUCUCGCGGGGAAUGGCCUUCCUGCACACCUUGGAACCUCUCCUCCCUCGCCACUAUCUCAACAGCCGUGGCAUCAUGAUAGACGAGGAUAUGACAGCCAGGAUUGGCAUGGCGGACGUGAAGUUUUCCUUCCAGUGCCCGGGUAGGAUGUAUGCCCCAGCUUGGGUGGCACCGGAAGCUCUACAGAAGAAGGCCGAGGAGAUUAACCGCCGUUCGGCAGACAUGUGGAGUUUUGCGGUGCUCCUGUGGGAACUGGUGACCCGGGAAGUGCCAUUCGCCGACCUCUCCAACAUGGAGAUUGGCAUGAAGGUUGCCUUGGAGGGGCUGCGACCCACCAUCCCCCCCGGCAUCUCCCCUCAUAUUUGCAAGCUGAUGAAGAUCUGCAUGAACGAAGACCCUGCCAAGCGCCCCAAAUUUGACAUGAUUGUCCCCAUUCUUGAAAAGAUGCAGGAGAAGUGAGGGGCUCGUCCGGCAGCCUGCGGCUCGCCCCAAGUGCCUUCAGGAAGAGCCAAGGGCUGGAGCGAGGGCUCCCUAUGCAUGGUACGGAUAGGGGGAGGCCCGCCUGGCAAGGGCAGGCUCCUGAAGGGGGCUGCUCGGCCUUGCACUCUCCCUGCUGCCUUCACGCCCCGUAUCUGCGGCCACCUCUGGUGCCAAGACCACCCUGCACUCCCACUUGGCUAUGCUACAGUUUUUAUCUUUUCUACACAGGCCCAGGACAACGCCCCCUGUGGCUCAAAUAAACAGCUGUCACUCAAG